UGGUUUUACAUUGCUUUGCUAUCGUUGGUCAAAAUGGCGGCUAAAGUGUGGAAAAAAUCAACGCAGAAAUCUCAAGGUUUGUUUUGAAGACAACAGAGAACAAACUGUGCUGCUAGGCUGAGAAAGACUCAGCUGAUCAACAAUUACAACAAUACAAGUGCAGGGCAUGGUGGGGGAAGUGUUACAGGUGUGUACAGGCUCCAUGUUAACCCAUCAACCCUGUCAAGAUGCCAAGCAAGAAGAAUCACAUGUUGUAUUAGGUGGAGAAACAGUGCUUUACAGUGUCUGGAACACAAUGUGCACAACCUAGAAAGUGUCAUAACUAUUGGCCAACAUUGGUAGAAGGACUUCCAGUCAAGAUGCCACCCACUCCAGAAACUUGUAGCAAAGCCAGAAGCUCCCAGCUGUCUUCACGAAAGAAAGGUGUACAGGAAACCCUCACUGGCCCACAAUCCACCGGGAAGGUCAGGAAGUGCUCCUUACGUCUUAGAAAACUGGCUAGCAGUAAGACAAAGGAACCUGGCACUUUCCCUGAGGUUCUGAAGUGCAGGACAGAACAGGUAACCAAUGUUACCAAUGAUAGAGCUAGUCAGGUAUCUACUCAUGGGACAUUUAAGUUCUCUACAGUGGAUCUAAGACAGAGAACUCUAAGGAACUCAUUACAGUUGGGUUCGUCCAGCUACAAAGGAAAGCCUGACAGAUCCUUGGAGAAACACACCAUUAGAAAUGGUCAAGUAAAAAGCUCCAGUGCAGGAACAAGUCUCGAAGAAAACCUGGCAAAUAGUCACAAAGAACCAAAGAAAGUUCCAAAGCCAUGUACAAAAAGACUCUUGUCUAUGAGGGUUGCCUUAGCUGAUGUUGAGCUGGGCUCUACUGAGGACAAUGGACUUUUCAAGACAGCUGAGAAGAGGAAGACUGAUCCAUCUUCUGCCCCUGUAAAUGCACCUCAGAAGAGAGACACAAAUGUAAAAGGAGCAUUUCCAUACACUGGAGUUGGCAGACCCUCCAAAUAUGACAUACCAACAGUCUCCCCAGCCUCAAGGGUGGAGGAUAGCAGUGUUGCUAAAGACAAAGGUGCCAACCAAACUGACGGAAUGGAGGUCCAAACAUGUAAGAUUGCCAAGCUGCGGGGAAAUGGGUCUGCCAUAGAGUGGAUUCAAGUAGACCUGACAGAGGCUAGUAUAAAUGACUACAUCAAAUCCAAGAAAGCCAAGCUGGCGGAAGAUGAGAAAAUGCAUAAUGGCGGAGCCAGGAAGAAGGAGAAAACAUACUACGUAACAGCAAACAUCAUCGAAAAUUCUGCCAGGCAAGAGUGCAAUAAAAAACCAGUCCUAAAGAACUCUUGUAAAGCAAGUAGUUCUUUGUCAAAGCUCCGUGUUGUUGAUUAUGUUGGGAACAGUAAAAACAGAAACAAACAGAGCGGAAUUACGGUUGUUGAGAAGGAGGCCACACCACAGACAGUUGUCUUAACCCCAAAGAAUAUGUUUUCCUGCAUACAUGCUGGCUGUGCAUUCAGUACAGACUAUGAAUCUCGUCUUAAAAAACACCUCAGAUCUCAUGAUUCUGCAACAGCCAAUGCGAUAGGCUGUCUGCAAGAUAAUUCCAAAGAGCAGGCACCAUACCAAAAGAACAUUGUGUCAGAUGACAUUGAUACUACUGCAGAAUGUAUCAUACUUGAUGAGGUUCAAAGCAAAUCAAGCAAUUGUGAAAACCACAAGGUGUUCCAUGAAAAAGAGCAGGAGCAGACAAGUGUGAGGGAAGCACACAACAGUGAAACCUUCCCAGAAAUCAAAGGGAAACAUCAGAGUGUGGAUGGUGUGGAGGGCCCGCUUGGAAUCCACCAACAAAGGGACAGUAAGAAUGAAAAACACACAGAAACAGUUGUCCCAGUCACAGAGCAAGAUGGGGUAAACACUGAUGUGAAACAGGUGCCAUUGCAAAACAGUGGGGAAGAAAACCACUCAGAAACAGUUCUUCAAGACAUAGAGCAACAUGAGGUAAAAGACAAGGUGAAAGUUGUAACUGUAACCCAUGAACCAGAAGGGAGCGGUGAAGAUACCGGCAUAGAAACAGCUUUUGAAGUCUUACAGCAACAUCAACUGGCAGUGCAGAAGGAGGCCACAUCUAUAGUCAGUCAAGAAGAAGUCACAGUGACAGAAACUCCCUCAGAAGCAGCUGAACAAAGCAGGCAACAACAACAGGUAACACUUGAAGAGGAUGAUACUGCUGUAAUCAACCAACAAGAAACCAGCAGCAAAGAAACUCACUCAGAAGCAAUUAUACUGGUCAACCAACAACAACAUGUAACACUUCAUGACGGUAGCCCUGCUGAAGUUAACCAGCAAGAAACCACUGGGAAAGACACUCACUCACAAGUCAGGCAUCAACAACAACAAGCGAUUCUUGAAGAGGAUAGCACUGCUAUAGUCAACCAACAAGAAACUACUGGGAAAGAAACUCACUCAGAUGAAGUUGAACAUGUCAGGCAACAACACACAACACUUGAAGAGGUUGACAUUGCUGUCAUCAACCAGGAAGAAACUUCUGGGACAGAAACUAAGUCAGAAACAGUUGUCUGGCAACAGCAACAGGUAACACUUGAAAAGGACGACAUGACUGUAAACGACCAGGAAGAAAGUACUGGGAAAGAAACCGACUCAGAAGUAGUUAAACAAGUCAGGCAACAAGAGCAAGUGACACUUGAGGAGGUUGACACUGCUGUCAUCAACCAGCAAGAAACUACUGGGAAAGAGACAUGCUCAGAAGCAACUGUACAAGACAGGCAACAAGAACAGGUACAUGUGACACUUCAAGAAGAUGACAAUGAUGUCAUCAACCAGCAAGAAACUAACAAUGAAGAAGCUCAUUUAGAAGCGGUUGUCCAGGUCAGGCAACAAGAACAGGUAACACUGGAAGAGGAUGACAUGACUGUAAACUACCAGGAAAAAACUACCAGGACAGAAAGUAACUCAGAAGAAGUUGAACAAGCCCAGCGGCAACAACAGGUGACACUUGAAGAGGUUGACACUGCAGUAAUCAUCCAGCAAGAAACCUUGGGUAAUGAGACAGACCCCAAAACAUCUGCCCAACUCACAGAACCAAACCAGGUACCAAGUGAAGACAAAGACAUUCCAGUAUUCCACCAGCUAGAAAUCAUUACAAAAGAAAACCAUUCAGAAAUGGCUGUUGAAGAUAUUCAGGAAACAAAAGAUGUGCCUGUUUCCCAUCAGGAAUUAAAACUUGCAGAUCCUGGUUUUGAAGUGCCAUUAGAACUUGGUGGAAAAAACUUGGUAGAUUCUGCAGUGGGCUGUAUAAAUGAUAGUGAUAAUGACAGUGAAGCAACAGAUGUGUACAGCUUCACAGAAAACAACAGCACACAUGGAACAGACAUUGAUUUGGGCACAAAGAAAACUUCACCUGACCUUGUACAAGAGCACUCUGUGACUGAGGAACAAGUGCAAUCAACUGAUAUUGAUAAGUUUGUUACUAUGACAACAGAUACAAAUAUUACUGUCCCAGACUGUGAAUCUGAUGAAGAAGAGCAGGAGUUACAAACAGCAUCAGUGGAAUCAACAGUUUCAGACAGAAGCCAAGAAAAGAUGACAGAAGGAUCACAGGUGGAGGGUUCAAGUCAAGAAGCUACAGAAUCAGGUCCAGGUGAUGCAAGGGAGGAAAUAUCUCCAAUGUUUGAAGAUAGUACAACUUCUCGAGGAACAUCACCUCUUGCUGUCCCAGAUGCAACUGAAGAUGCGGAAUUGAUACAAGUAUCACCUAUGUCACAUACAGGCUUGCGUGAAGGUGACAAAGAGUCUGUCAAAACCUCACCCUGUACUUGUCCAGAUAUAAGCCAAACCCAAGAAUUCUCUAUUGCAGAAGAAGCACCAGCUCAACAAAGUAUAGAUAUCAUUGGGGAAAACAAAACACCAUCUUUGACAGUUUCAAUGCAAGCUGACAUAGUGUUAGGAGAACCACCAACAGACAGCACAUUGAUAGGGGAAGCAUCAUCUCCCGAAGUCACAGACUCAAGCCAACAUGAGGAGAGAACUCAAAAAGAAUUCUUGCAGACUCUACGGCGAAGAAGGCCAAAUGGAGUUCAAAUCUCAGACAGCGGGAAAAAAUUGACUUGUCCAAUGCCCGAGCAAGUAAACAUUCCCAAAAAGCGUGGACCAGGUAGACCUAGAAAGAUCCAAACACUUUCGUUGCCUGCUAAAGACAAUAUGGAAGAGCAGGCUUGUCCAAUGCUAGAGCAAGUAAACAUGCUCAAAAAGAUGAGUCAAGGUAGACCAAGAAAAAGGAGAAAAGUUCAAAGACUACCAGAAAAAGACAAUACCACAGAAGUGUCUUGCCCAAUGCUGCAGCCACCAGUUAUCCCCCUAAAACGGGGCCCAGGUAGACCAAGGAAGGUAGGCUUGCCAACCAAAGAAAGACCAGUGUUGCCAGCUAAAGAUUAUCCAAUCAGGUCCAGAGUGAUGAAGAGAGGUCGAGGCAGACCGAGGAACUACCCACGUCCUGAAGAACACUCCCACGUCCCUGGUACCAACAAAAACAACAUACCUCACAUCAACAAACAGCUGGAAACCUCGUCAAGAAAGAGAACAUUGCAGGCGGGAGAGGACUUGCAUAAUGAAUACCCACCAGCAAAGAGAAGAAGGAGGAGACUACGCCAGGCGGACAUGAAAAAAGGUCGUCCCAGGGUGGAAGUGAAUCAGACAACUCUUAGUGUACAGCAAAGCAGCGAGGAAAUGAUGAGCUUAGACUCACCAGAUCCAGGCACACUGCCACCUGUCACAGGUGUUAACUCUGAGGAGAAACAGGGACAUGACAGCCUGUGUGAAGAGGGCAAUAAAGAAACACCCAUUCUGGCACAUGGUAAGGGACACAGGUUAGCAAAGAAAGGUAAAGAGCGUCAAAGAGAUGGCACUUGUCACCUGAUCCAAAGAAGAAGGGGCAGGCCCCCAAAGGACAUGGGCAAAGUGGCAUCUACUUCAACUGAAAAAGAAGGGCAGAAGAAGUUUGAUCCAUUGCAGGUUGUGCCCAUGAAGUAUACCUUGUCAGUUAGUCUGACUCACAUCAACCACCAAGAGGGGGGACACUUCAGCACAGCUGACUAUGCUAACAAGAAGAACAAGGCAUGGAAUGAUGUGUCUGAAAAGAAAAGGAAGGCAAGAGAGUUGGUUGCGAGGAGCCUCAGACUUAGGAAUCACAGAAAAACUAGUGAGAAGAAAGAUGCUGACUCGAGAAGUAUUCUGAGACUCCAAAGUCUUAGGCAGAGUGCAGGAAGGCAAGAAGUUACAGCCCCAGUUCAGAAGGACACGCCAAAGAAGAAAGGCAAGUCACCCCUGAAGUGCAGAUAUUCGAUGGCUCUCCUGGCCUGUAGUCAGUGUGAUUUUGCUACCAUUGAAGAGAAAAAGAUGGAGCAACAUCAUGAAAAGACAGGCCACAUGGCUACAAGCUCUGCCUCACUUGGAGAGAUGGAACAGGAACAGGAGAAACCCAAAACAAAUGGGAGGAUGUACAAAUGUAGAAACUGUAGCUAUAAAAACAAGAAGAAAGCAAAGGUGCUACGUCACAAGGCCAGAUGUGACAAAAAUUUUGUCCGUGUAUUGAGACCAGUCAAACAAAGCAGCAAAGAGGAAGACAUCCAGUCAUCUAAUGAUGUGAAGAAAUCCAGUCAGUCAGGGUAUGAUUACAGUAAGAUGUAUGCUUGUAACCUAUGCCCAUUCAAGACCCUCCGUAAGAACUGUCUGACGACCCACAAGGACCACCAUAAUACAAGGUGCAAGCAGAGACAGCGGACAUGUAAGCUGUGCUCCUACGGUUGCAACGACAAAGCUCAAUUUAGGAAACACUUGAAGUGGCAUAAAGAAGACAAAGCAGAUUCAGUAGAACCUGUGGUGAGUGGGGCAGUUGAGCAGACUAAUGUUAUUGAGAAAGAGAAAUCUGCUUCAACAGGAAAUGGAGAAGAUCUUGCCAGCAGCUGUAAUAAUAUGUCAGAUGGUGAUGAUGAAGAUGAUGUUAAAUUGAAAUGUCCAAAUUGUCCCUUUGAAACGCACAUCCCACUCUCUAUUGAACUGCACAUACAACACCACAAAGACAUCUGUCCCCACAACCACCUUCAGUGCCGGUUCUGCACGUUCGUCUGCAGGACGAAAACCCACAUGACCAGACACAUGAAGGUACACAAGGUGGCAACAGAACCACUAAGAGAAGAAAACCAUAUUAUCAACAACUCAGGUGACGUGGAGAAGCAAGCUUUUCAUGCUUACGAUUUUGACCUGAAUCAGGAAAACUGUCCAGAAAAGAUUAGUGUACACACUACAGUGACCAAACAAACUGAAGCAAAGGAGCAGCAUGUCUGUGUGAAGUGCUCUGUGGUCUUCAGAUCCAGGUAUCGGCUUCUCAUACACAAGAUCCAGCAUGAAACAGGAGCCUACCUACGCUGUGAAGAGUGCAAGUUCAGGACGAAAAAGCACAAGAAGUAUCAGUUCUUGGCACAUCUGAAUGCGCACUUCAAUAUGAAGCCGUACAAGUGUAAGUACUGCCCUUACAGGGCACGCUGCUACAGCACUGUCUUCCAUCACAUCCUGAAGUCCCACAACACCAAGAUGCAGCACUCCAGAUACAGGUGUAACAAGUGCUCCUUCUCCUGCAAGGGUCUGGGCUGGCUGAAACGUCACCAGGAGCUGCAUCUCCAAGGGCAGGUUGUCCCCUCAGAGGGGGACAGAGAGGCAAAAUAUGACAUUGAGCUUGAGAACAUCAUUGUCUGUGGCAAGUACAAGCAGGCCAAAACAGAAGGACAGGAUGAGGUCAUACCCACCACAGACAGGGUGAGCUCCACCACUGCGGGAUCACCACAGAAACAUGCUGGGAUCAGCUGUGUGAGGGAGAUUCAGAACACCACUGAUGGUAGUGUUGAGCUGUGGUUCCUGUGCAGAUUCUGUGGCAAGAUGCACAUAGACCAGGAGACCUGGUUUGCCCAUGUCCAGCGCCACAUCAUCAGCAGUGCCUGGCAUCCCAAAAAUGCCUUAUUGUCCAAACCUGCUCCAAGAGAAGAGAUCAACCCAUCAGGAUGUCCUUGUGAUGGUCUGUGCCAAGGUGAGGAGGCUGAGGAGGACAGUCAGCAGCAUGCAGUGAUGGAGAAACAUGGGGACACUGAUCGUCAGUCAGAUGGUGCUCUUGACACAGCAGAAGAGUUCCACUAUGCCAACAUUCAGGGCAAGGUAGAUGUAGCAGCAUCACAGAAAUGUGGCGAUGGAAAGGAGUGGAGUAGGGAAAUCUCCAUAAAGGAAGACCUUGAAGAAACUGCUAAUUGCAGUCCUUCCUCAAAGUGGGACAAAGAAGAAGAAGAUAGCAGCAUGACAGGGGACCGAAUGCUAAGAAAUCGACUCAACUCCACAGACUCAGUUCUGUGCAGACAGAACUCGAACCCAAGUGGUCCCAUGUCUACUGUUGACACAGAUGAUGACUCUGAUCUUCCGCCGUUACUCAAAACCACCAACGAGCUGGAACUGGCCUUUGUGUUCCCCCCAGAGAAACAGGCGGAACUCAUCAGAGAGCAUCUCGUUAAUCAUGAAACAGCAAGUAUCGGGUCAGAGGACAACGCUGUUCCAAGCCUACAGGAAAUCAAACCGGAGGGUCACGAAGAAACCACCUACUUACCACAGUGUGACAACGAGAGUAGUGUCAGCUGCUCAGGAUCGACGGUGGGCAGCAGUGAAGGUCAGCUGUUGUCGACAGGAAACCCGACGUCAGAUGAGAAAGAAGAAGAAGCUGGACCAGAUUUGUCUGCGUGGAUCUCUUCUCUACAGUACAGUCAGACUUCAGAGAUAGAAGGGGCCAUUUGUACAAAGGUGCCGGGUCUCCCACCAGGGAAGACCAUCAGGUGUCAGUUUUGCGGACAGCAGUUUGCCUUUCAACUGAAGUUUCUGCAGCAUGCAAAGCGUCACCUGCUGUGACAAAUCUUUACUCUUGUGCCAGGAAUUUUAUAACAUGGGGCCAUACUGUUACACUAGCAUAUAGGAAGGUCUUUAUUGUCAUACUUUUUAUGGUUUAGUUCCGAAGGAUGACAAUGCAAUGUGUAAAGAUGUUUUGAAUCGAUGAAAACACUCCAAAAAUUAAUGGCAUAAUUGAAACUAUAGUACCCAGUAAAAAACUUUCAAGUAUGUACAGUAUGGGUAUGGAAAUAUAUGUCAUUGACAAGAAUUUAUUAGCACCACCACCAAAACUGAUUGACUUCUGCAUAAACAUGGUUGAAAAAUGAAAGGGAAAAAUUGUUUGACACUCAUGUAUUAAAUCCAACUGCAGAAUUCUUAAGAUUUGUAGCAUAUUGUCAUGGGGGUGGUCAUCAGACUUGGCAGUAUUGCAAGUAAACCUUUGCAUUGAUUACUAAUAUAUCUGUUAAGUAUGCAAGUACGAGAUGUAGCAUCCUGUUUAUGUAAAAAAAUGACCAAUAAUGUUUCCAUGGUACGUUUUCGACAGGAAUUAGACAAGAGUUGGAAACGAUAUUCUAGAAAACUGUUCAUAUUAGCAGGUCUAGUAUUUGGAAAGUUUUUGCAAGGUUCCAUGGCAUUAGGUGGAGGACAACAAUUUUUCUUGGAGUGCCAUGGAAAGAAAAUUUCACAUAAAUAUUUUAUAGUGACAACAAGUUCUCAUAUGUAGGGGCUGUAGCUGUAGGAUUUAGCGUACUAAAGGCCUUUUGUAAAUUUGUUUUGAUAUGAUUUUUGUAUUUUUCCCAACUACGGAGGGAGCAUCCAGAGACAUGGACCAUGUAUAUUUUGUCAUCUUUUUGGCAGAAACUUUAAAUUGAAAGUGAUGUACACAUUUUUAGGUGCACUGAAGAAACAUACAUUCUGUAUAUUUCACUUAAACAAUUGGUGAUGGGUUUUACCUAACAAAGACAUCAUAUUAUGCAAGAAAAGUAUCAUUUCAUCAAGCCAAUAAGUUGUAUCUUAUGACUAUUCCCUUUUGACAUUUUAUCACGACUAGCUGUAGAACUACAAUGAAUGUAUGUGGACCAUCUAAAAUCCUUUCAUCAACAGCCCUUCCAACAAACUUUCACUACAUUUCACUGCUUGCUUCUCUCCUUCCUCUUCUCAAACUCAGGAAAUUUGCCAUCAGGAAUCAUCAUGAAAAGUUUCACUAACAUUCUUGUUCUGAUGUGUGUAGUUUAGCACCACCGUGGUUGAUAGAGGCACUGUCAUUAGGACAUAGCAUUUUUACACAUUACCACAUUUAGUCAGUGGACCUUAGUUGUAAACUGUAUGUACACCUCUAGCUACUUAAUAGAAUCUGUCAAACUUUUGGUGUAAGGUUUAAGACUUGGGGAAAAUUUACAGAUCCAUCCUUCAGAACAAAAUUAUUACCUUACUGUGAUCUUAAGUUACUUGCAUGUUGAUGCUUUUCAUUGUUUAUUAUGUUAUCAGGUUAGGUGUGAGUAAGUUAAAGCAAGUAAUGAUUUUUU